AUGGAGGACUACGAAGAUGAAAUAAUAGAGGAAGAGGAUGAAUCAGAUAUUCAAGAAGGUGCUCUACGUGAUGACCAAAUCGGAUUGAUGAGUAAAAUUGUUAAAUUGAGAAACAAACUUAAACGAUACUAUAAGAAUGUAAAAAACAUUCCGAAUAUUAUUGGUUAUGUUUUGGAUGCAUUUUCGAGUAGAGAAUCAUUUGUAAAAUUCUGUUAUGAAAUUUGGGACCAUUUAAAGAAUACUCCAGUGGUUGUGUUUUAUGGAUAUUUAUGGAAGACUAAGAAAGUGCAAUUUUUCAUGAAUCUGUUCGUUAGUUAUGGCUUGCCAAUUUUACUCGAGUCACUACCAUGGUACUUUUCACGUCGAAAAAUUGGAAGAAGACUUCGAACUCAGAAAAACACAAUUACAAAUUCAAUGAUUGAUAGAAAGGAGUUUAGUUGGGAGUCUGCACAUUCAUAUAUUGCUCUCACCAUGUUGUACACACUAUUGGAGAAUAUAGAACGUCACUUAACUUAUAAAGUGACAGUAAUGAAUCGUUUAUAUGUGAAGAGACUUGUCUUGGAAAAGAUUCUUUACAGCGAGAUUUGGGCCUUCACCGAAUUUCAAGGAAGGGAACUAGAAUACAGAAUUUCAACAGAAAUCCAUAAUACUCUUCGAUUGUUCAGCUAUGUGGUUCCUAAUAUUUUGUCUUCUCUCUAUGCCAUUGCGAGAGAAGGUUUCGAAUUAUAUGAAGGAAGGGCCAAAUUGGACUGGAUGCUGGUUGUACGACCUGUAAUUUCAAUUAUUCUGUGGAGAAUCAUUGACUGGACCAAAACUCAAUUCAUGGGAAAAAAGAGAGUAAUUACUAACUUGCAAAGCAACCAAAGUGUAGCCCUGCUAUUCGACCAAGUGACAGAGGGACUAGCUGAGAUUCAACUCAACAAUAUCCAACAAAAAAAGUUGAAGGAAUAUGACCAAAUUGUUCACACUGAAUUUGGAAUUUGGGAAGAUGCCCGUCUAUUCUUCAACAAAAUUUAUAGUUCCUUCACCAAUAGGGGUGUCUUUGACUUUCUAUCUGAGACAUUUAUUGCUUCAAUGAUUAUGAAGAAAAAAGAUCUUAAUUAUGAGCAGUAUAGGAAACUUCAAAUUGAUAUUGACCAUUUAGUGAAAUUGGUCAGAAGAACAGGAACGUACACGUUACAGGCAUCCAGAAGUGUGGAGAGACAAACACGGGUUGUUAAAUUAAUGCGACUUCCAAACUUUCAAGAUGAAGAUAAUGAUGAUUCUUUAGUUAAAGUUUCUUCAUUUGAGGGCUUACAAUUACAGAAUAUUACUUUUUCAUAUCAAAAGAAUGGAAAGAAACCAUAUGCUCUCAACUUUUCAGGAAUAAUUGAGUUUCGUCAAAAUUCAAUAUAUGCCAUUAUUGGACAAAAUAGAAGUGGAAAAAGCACAUUGGUGAACUUGAUAACCAAGUUAUAUAGACCACAGGGAGGAGAAAUGACAUUCAAUGGUAUACCGUAUUCCAAGAUUAACAGAAAUGCGAUUCGAGAAAUUGUGUAUUAUGUUGCUCAAAAAGCAUACGUUUUCCCAGGUACAAUUCGUGAAAAUAUCUGUGUUGGAAUUGAUUACACUCCAACGGAUAAGGAGAUUAUUAAGGCAGCUAAAUAUGCAGGCGUUUUUACAUUUGAUGAAGCAUCCAUUAAUGCUUCCACUACUUCAACAACAACAACAUCUCAAGAGCCUCUUCCAGCACUGAACAUACCCAAUGAAAAAACUAUUGAAGAAUUAUUGCUUGAAGGAAAUCAACCUGAGAAGAAAAAGCUCUCUAAAAAGAAGAUUAACAAAAUUUUAGAUAUGAAGACAACAGCAAGAGGUUCAAACUUGAGCGGCGGAUUUGCUCAAUCGGUUGCACUCGCAAGAAUUUAUCUUCAAAAGAAAGCAAAAAUUAUUAUCUUGGAUGAGAGUACCAGUGCGAUGGAUCCCAUCAAGAAACGAGAUGUUAUAUUCCCUAAUUUAUUCAAACAUAUAAGAAAGAACAAGCUUACCUUGCUCAUGAUUUCACACGACAUGACCUACUUGGACCAAGUGGAUAAGAUUGUACUCUUGUCAAAUGGACAGAUAGCUGGUCAAGGUUCACACAAGGAACUCGUGGAUCAAAACAAUGAAACCUAUCUCAAGAUGCUUGGGUUGUCUUCCAAGUUGUGA